AUGAAUAACUCUUUACUGAUACCAAGCAACGUUACUAACAACAGCUCAGGAUAUUAUUGCAAGUACGAUGAACCUGACACACAGCUAGAGUAUAAUGCAAAACGCAUCGCUGUGAUAYUGUUGAUKACAUUGGGACUUGCAGGAAACAUCUUUGUCAUAGUACUCGCUAUGAAAUACACAGUACGCAAGACCCUGCAUCAUUUGAUCUUCAACAUGGCCGUGUCAGAUUCUCUCUUCAUUCUUAUGAUGAUUCUGAUAGAUAGGAUAAGGAUUGUUAUCCUUGGUGAUAUUCUCUGCAAGGCUGAGAUUUUUCUUUACUAUGUCUCAUAUAGAGUCUCCUUGGUUACUCUUUUGAUAAUCAGCAUCGAACGAUUCAGAGCAACAAGAAGAACAUUGCAAAGGUCACGUGCUCACACAUUAAAACAACGCGUUGCAGUAAUCGGUAUCUCCUGGUUGAUUCCUAUGACAUUGGAGUCUUACAGUUUGUAUUACUAUACAUUUGAUCCAGAAUUGGGGUUUUGUACUAUUAUGGAGUAUAAAGUCUAUGAAAAGUUUACUUCGAUCUCUUUUUGUUUGAACAUUAUUUUUACGAUUGUAAUAUUCGCACUUAGUAUUUCAACAAUAAGACGACUGUCAAGACCUCUUGCCAUUCACGCCCAUUUCCACCAAGAACAGAGAAAAGCUCGAGCUCGUCGAACACAAGCAGCCGUACGAAUGGUUCUUGCAUCCGUAAUGCUGUAUACGUGUUGUUGGCUUUCAUGGUUUAUUGUGGAUGGUGUUUUUAUGAGCAUGCUUGUUUGGGGUAAUAUCUGGAUUCUCCCAGACUGUAUUGACGUCGAGUCACUUUUGUUUAUCAUCGGUACAUUCUUCCCUAUUUUCAACAGUUGUUUCAGUCCGUUUAUUUAUAUCAUAUUUCUGUCUGACUUUCAAGAAGGAGCAAGGAAGGUACUGUGUAGAAAAACCGACAGAAACGAGAAMAGAAGAAACUCAAUGGAACUGAGACAAUUAAAUGCCAAAUAA